GAGCCACUCUGCCAGUUUGUGCAGCACUUAGCUCCGAUCGAGCUGCUCUCUCGAUGCGCCGACGAAAAGGGAAAAAAAAAAAAGGACACGACGGAGAGAUGCAGAAUCUCCGACGGGACAGAUAGCCGAGAGUUCAAGCUCCUUCGGCCUUCCAGAUGAAGGCCUGGUGAUCGAUCGAACGAGGGAACCGGAGGAAGAGGUAAUCCCAUGGAAAUUGGUCAUUCAUUCUCAAAAUGUCUCGAUAGGAUAAAAGAACAGAGAAGCCAUCGUAUGACACAUGGCUCUGAUGAGGUGAAGAUGAGCAUACGCUCAUAGGAGAGUUUCCGUGUGUCGAUCGCUUGCAUAGGAAUGCCUUGAGACGCUGCACCAAAAGUCAAAAAAUUCUAUCUGCUACUUGGACGAGGAAGAGGGACUAGAUUAACACUAGCACCUAUUCCCUUCAUAAAAUUGAUCAUCGUUUGCAUCAGCUGGCAACAGCUAAUAAUGGAUGGGUUGCAGAAUGGGAUGACAAAUGGUGCGAUGAAGGGUAUAUCAAGGGAGCUAGUAGCUGUGGUUCGGUCAAACAGCCUGUGUCCAAAACAUAACCUCGUCCUCAGAGUACACACUCCGUCAUCGUUCAAGGAGAGUGGGGGGCUUGAUAUUCAUUACGAGAUACAAAGUGAAGUUUUGGACGAGGCAUCUACAUCAAUGUCCAAGCCUCAGCACAUUGCAGGUGUCCCAGACAUUGCUGUGAAGACUACUUCUGGAGAUCUCAUUGCUGUUGGAGAGAAUAGGAAUACAGAGUCGUGGCGUGGCGUAAGGCAGAGAGAUGAAUCUGAGAUUGGGCAACUCCUUAUCUACCUCCUGGGAGUGCAGAUAAAAUCAAUACAACUUCUAAGGCAUCGGUCCUACCAGCCACCCACCCCCGUCUUGGGUCUUUUUAUGGAUGGAUUGGAGGUAUAUAGCAUAGGAUAGAUAAUAUUCAAAGCUAGUCCAAACAAGA